AUGUCUAUGGAUAAUUCAACAACUGAUCAAGUUACUAUUGCUGCAGGUGUAUCUUCAUCUUUUCCAGAUGUAUAUGAAGUACCAAUAUUACCAAAAGCUUUAUUGAAAAAUAUUGAGGCUGGAAAUCUCAAAAGUUUUGGUCCACAUUGUCAAGGUCGACAAAUACUAAUCGAUGCAACCAUUUGGAAAGAUGCAUUGCAAACCAAAUUAAAACGAACACGUAAUGAUCAUCCAAAUAACGAUCUUGUUCAAGAAUUUCGAUUAAAAUAUUCAAAGUUGGGAUCUGGACGUCCAGUUAAACAAAAAAUUGGUGAAAUUGCUGAACGUGAUAGACAUAAACAGGUAACUAAUAAUUAA